AAUUACGUGUAGUCACGCGCUAUGUAGCGUGUGUCAACAGCAAUUUCAGUCCUGAAUAAACAAUCCAGUGGUAAGAGGAAGACCACUCUUUGUGGCUAUCCAUGGUUGGACUUUGAAAGACUCUAAGAAGAUGGCCAUAUCUUUAAACUCCAUAGUUAGCUUCAGCUCAACGAAGCUGGAAACCAAGUAUCAUGAUGCAUCAAGAUAUUCUGUUGGAGCUUCUUUACCAAAGGCCACUCAGUUUACACCCUUCUCGUUGGUGGUAUCUAGAUCGAGAAAGCUUGUCAAAGAAAGAAGAUUCAACCAUUGUCUUCCAGUUGCAGACAGUGAUCAGCUUGCAGCAGACAACAAUAUUAGUGAGGAAUUUGACAAUGCAGAAAAUUCAGCAACCAAUGAUGAGUUAUCAUCCCUGAAAGUUGAUGCUGAGUCAGUUUCUGAAACAUUAGAGUCUUCCAAUGGUUCGAUUAACCAAGAGCAAGGAUCAUCAUCAUCAGCAACGAAACGAGGUUCCCUUACAGCAAGAGAGCGGUUAAAGGCGGCUCGAGCCGGCAACCGAUACCCCCAAUUGAAAGCAUCUAAAGCAGACAUGAACAGCAGGGUGUUGGAGGCUUCAAAGCAAAGUGACAAAGGGAAGAGAAAACCUGGUCUUCCAGAGGCUCCAACUAAUCUCUUUGAUGAUAGCAAACGAGGGUUGUCAACAGGCUUCACUUUUCAGUUUCCUGGGGGUGCUGAUCUCUUUUUCAUUGUACUUUCUUUUGUUUUGAUCAGCUCAAUCAUGUUUGCAACAACUUUCAUUGUGUGGAAAGUUGGUGCAAUCCACUUCAAUGAGUACUGAUAUCUCUUCUUUCAGAAUUCAACAUAAAAGUAGAUAUUUCUUCUGCUGCUUCAAACUUCAUCAACUCCUGCUGUUUCUUCA